AUGGACAAUCAAUCAGAAAUUAACUUUGAUGAUAUUUAAGAUCAAGAGGAAUUGUUAAAUUAAUAAAAUGAAACUAAACAAUUAGAAUAGAAAAAAAACUUAGAAAAUCAAGAGAAUAAAUAAGAUUAAUAAAAAGAAAAUUAAAAGAAUUAAAUGAAUAAUGAAGAAUAUGAAUAAUAUAGUGAAUAAGAUGAUUAGGAAUUUAACAAUUACAAUAAAAAUAAUAAUAAAAAAAAAAAUAAUGGGAAUUUUGAUGAUGAUGAUGAAGAAGAAAUUGAUAAUAUCUAUACAAAAAAAAAUGAAAAUAUAGAGAAAUAAUAACAUAAAAUUGAAGAAGAAAAUUAAUAAUCUAAAAAUGAGAAUUUAGAACAUUAAACUCCUCUUAAGGAAUAGGAUUAAGAUUAAAAUGAAAUUUAACAUAAUAAAUCUAUAAAUUAAAGUAAUAAAAGUUAACCUAAAUAAGAGUCAAACUCAUAAAAAUAAUUAGAUAAUAAUUCAUAAGAACAUUAAUAAAACUCUGAAAUUAAAAGUGAAUAAGAUUUAAAUUAAUAUAAUGAAGAAGUUACAUCUUAAAAAGGAGAAAAAAGCUAAAUUAAUAAUCAAGAAGAAGAAAAUUAAUCUAUUUAAAAUGAAAACUAAAAAGAAGAUUAAAAUCAAUAAGAAACUGAUAAAUAAGUUGUUGAAAAAAAGGAAAAAAAACACAAAAAAUCUAAAUCAGAAAUUGAAAAGGAAAAAUUAGAAAAAGAAAAAUAAAAAAAAGAAGAUCUCAAAAAAUAAUUGGAAUCUGAUCUUAAAGAAUUUGAGUAAUAUAUUAAAACCUAAAAAAUUGAAGAAGAAUAAAAAAAAAAAGAGGAUAAAAGAAAAUUAUAAGAGUUUUAUGAAUUUUAAAGAAAAUUAAAUUUGAAUUCUUUAUAAACAAUAAAUAAAGUUUAAAUAUUAUAGCCUAACUUACCUUUAGUGAAGGCUAAUUAUAGAAAAAGAGUUUAAAUAAGUGAAGACAUAUAAAUGAAUAAGAAAGCAUAAGAAUUAGUGUAAAAAUAUAAUGCAGAUAGAUAUGGAUCAUUAGAAUAAAAUUAAUUAAGCUUAAUAAAAUCAAUUAAUGAAAAAAGUGCUCUAUUUUAAACAAAAAAUUUAAAUUCGAUUAAAGAAGUAGAGAAAUUAGAAACAAUUUAAAUUAAAAAUACACAAGAAUCUAUUAGAAUAAAUAGUGUAUAAUCAAAAGGAAAUUUAAAAAAUAAAAAGAAAUGA